GAUUGUGAGAAUUGGAACAUCAGGGAUUUCAAAAUAGGAGAACUGGAAAAUAGGUCUGUAAGAGUAAGCUUCAACUCAUAUCCAGUGGCCUGUUCCAUUGAAAAAUAUAAUGUUUCUCUGUUUUUGGUACAAGAUGAAGCAUGCAAUACUUCUGCAAUAAAUGCUCUAAACCUAGUUUAUUCUUCAACAAGCAACCAGACUACCUUCACGUAUGAAAACCUGAUGCUUGGUAAAUAUUGUGCUAGAAUCUCUCGCUAUUCUUCAUGUAAUACUAGAUGGUGCACCAGUGUUUAUAUGCCUUUCACUGUAACUGGAGAAAAAAUAGAAGGUUGUAACAAUGAAUGGACUGCUAAAGUUUCAUCGAAACAGAUCAAGUCUGGAAUAAUUUUGACAGUUGAAGAUAUGUUGAAAAGAUGUCAGUUUUAUGAAUUCUCUCUUGAUGUUUUCAACAAUGUCCAUACUUGUAACAUGAAUGAAACAAGUGGGGGUUCUCUUGUUAUGGAAAUUAAAAAGUUUAAGGAUACAACUUUCAUAAUAAGAAACUUGUCUUCAGGUCGCUAUUGUGCGAGGAUCAAAGCAUUUCACCCUGAAUGUUCUUCAGAUGAUGUAUGUCAAUACUUCUUUCGUUCUUUUGAAAUUAACAAAGAAGGAAAAAAAGAAGGAUGUGACAAAUGGAAUGCCAAAGUAUUUUAUGAAAGACUAGAAGAUGAGUCUGGUAUAAGGUUUUUUUUCACCCCAAUUAACUAUGAAAAUGAAAAAUGUCAGUAUAAGGAGUUUACUGUGAUUCUGUUUCCAAAUGUGAGCAGUACCACAUGCAAUUAUUUUGGAACAGUUGAUGUUGAACUACUAAUAAAAAAGUCAAGAAUAAAAAAAACAAAUUUGAUGUUGAGAAACUUACCACCAGGGAGUCACUGCAUAAGGAUUAAUGCCUUCAACCUAGAUUGUCCUUUAGAAAUAUGCCGUAAUGUGUUUGCACCUGUUAAAUAUUCUGUUGGUAAGUAUACUGAUUUUUAUUUCCUGUAAUGCACCUGUUAAG